GUCGCCCCAAUCUUAACGCUCGGAAGCGCUGGGAGGAAAUGUUGUUGUGAACUGCUAAAGAAAGCACGUUAAAAGUGUUAUUUCUAGAUUUUCUCGAACUUAAGAAAAUUAGGUUUUUAUAAUUUUGCAGGGGAAUUCAUGAGUUUUUAGACGAUGAAGAGGAGUUACGAUUGAUUUUGACAGCAAUUUAUAACCCACGGCACCCGGAAGGUUUUCUCAUUAAUUGGAACUAACUCAUCCACGGAUUUCUGGCUCGACAACGCUUUAGUUUAGGGAAUUCAGAAGCUGAAAAAGGAGGGAAUAAAACUUGCUCAGUGCGUACUGAAAAUAUGAAUGUUUACAUAGAGUACUGUGAUCACGAAACAACAAUACCUAUGCCCGGUAUUUACAGCUGCAGUGAGAUCCAAAGAAAUUAAUUUUUGGGAAUUGCCAAAAAAGCUUCGGAAACGGUUUCUCGGAAGUAAAAUUUGUAUGUGAGGCACGUUUCCAGAAAAGGAAAUGGUUAGUGGAUAGCGAUAAACGUUGACAGAAUUGCAAUUACAAUUUGGACAUGUCAAGUGACUCGGUGCCUCAAGAGCUAAACUCUGGCCUGGAAGCUGGGGUAGCAAUUCCUGAAGAAAAAGAAUGUGCUGUGUCUCUGCUAACAAAAGAGGACAAUAAGGAAUCUCUUGAAGGUAUUCCUAACUCUCAAAACAAAAAGAAGAACAAGCGCAAAAAGAGGAAGAAGAGGAAGGGAGAGACCGAGACCAGUGACAUCGACCCUCAUGGAUGUAAUGCUGAAGCUGGAAACACUGGGCCACAUCCGAAAUCUUUUCAAAAUGAGCAAGGCGAAGAUGAGAGUGGCUUGCAUUCAGGGGACAUGGGUUCUCUGAUUAAAGAAAGUGAAGAAGUCGUUGUACCACCAAGGGAAGCUUCCGGAAGUAAAAAGAAGAAAAGGAAAAAGAGCAAAGAAAGUGUCACUAGUGCGGUCUGUGAGGAGGAGGAUCUGAAGACCAACAAUGCCUUGAAACAACAAGCUGAGAAACGAGCUGAUACUUCUCUGAAGGAUAGGUCAGGUGUUGCAGAGGACAUGGGUUUCCCGAUUGAAGAAAUUGGUGAAGUCGUUAUAGCACCAAGGGAAGCUUCCGGAAGUAAAAAGAAAAAAAGGAAAAAGAGCAAAGAAAGUGUCACUAGUGCGGUCUGUGAGGAGGAGGAUCUGAAGACCAACAAUGCCUUGAAACAACAAGCUGAGAAACGAGCUGAUACUUCUCUGAAGGAUAGGUCAGGUGUUGCAGAGGACAUGGGUUUCCCGAUUGAAGAAAUUGGUGAAGUCGUUGUAGCACCAAGGGAAGCUUCCGGAAGUAAAAAGAAAAAGAGCAAAGAAAGUGUGACUAGCGCGAUCUGUGAGGAGGAGGAUCUGACGAGCAAGAAUGCCUUGAAACAACAGGUCGAGAAACAAGAUGAUGCUUCUUCGAAGGAUGGGUCAGGCGUUACAGAGGAAAUGGGUUCUCCGAUUGAAGAAAGUGAAGAAGUUGUUGUAGUACCAAGGGAAGCUUCCGGAAGUAAAAAGAAGAAGAAAAAAAAAAAGAAAAAGAACAAAGAAAGUGUGACUAGCGCGGUCUGUGAGGAGGAUCUGACGAUCAACAAUGCCUUGAAACAACAGGCCGAGAAACAAGAUGAUACUUCUUUGAAGGAUGGGUCAGUUGUUGAGGCGAAGAGAGGAGGACAAGAAGGUGAAGCCAAUAGUGAAACACUGAUAGAAGGUAAUGAUUCAGUCAGCAAAAGGAUAGAAAGUAAGGAUCAAGAUGAGGUUACAGCAUCGGGUGGAGAUGAGAAAACUGCCAUUGUGCCACGCAAAGAGUGUGAAACUUGUAUUCCAAAAAAUAAAGACGAAAAAGCUAAAGCUGAUUGCGAAACAACCAUUGAAACGUGUGGCAGUGUAUCUGAAGAUGGAUUAGCUCCGCCUAGAUAUCCAAGUCUAGCCGCAGAGCACAAGGACAAAGUAGGAGGAGAGGGAGGGGGAGAAAUAGAAGAAAGGGAAGAGAAAGAAGAAGAAAAAGAGAGUGUUGAAACUGACUCUGAUGAUGACCCCUCUGGCAUCGCAUCAGGAAAUGAGGAGAGGAACAUACUGUGUAUUUUCAAGCUUAUCUAUGGGGUUGGUCUUCGAACACUAAGGAAGCUGUUCAUGGACUUCAAUCCCGGUUGGUCUGAUAAGCCAACUGACGCAGCUGGAUUUGAUAAAUGGAAAAUGAAGCUCUCUAGAGAUGAUGAAGUCAUCUUCAACAAGGGUAACAUAAAUGAAUGGGAUUUCUCACUGAUGACAACUGUGCUCCUAUAUUCAAAGAGCUGUGCACUGGAAAUUAGCAAAAGACCAGGCUUCGACAAAGCUCUACAAGAAUUAAAGACUUGUCGUAACAAGGUGUUGGGACAUCCCUCUUCAGAAAGGAUGCUCGAUGCAGACUUUAAUGUAUACUGGCCUCUUCUUACCAAUCUCUUUGGUACUCUUGGUGCUGAUCCAACUGAGAUUGCAGAGAUAAAGCUUCAAACAGAUGAAGCUCUCAACGCAGGAGGGCACUACAAGCAGUUGUUCUUAACGGAGAAAGCGAAAUUCACUCUUUUUGGACAGAAGCUGGAUACCAUAGAUAGUAAACUGGAUGCUAUACUUGCUAAUCAGCCUUAUAACUCUGAGGAAAAAACUCCUGUUAGUCCAAAAACUCUAAGUGGCCGCAACUGGGACCAAUGGUUGAAGUUCUGUGACGCAGUUGGUGAUUUUGACACACGGAAGAACCAGUACAUUCUUGUUACCAGUGCUCUGUCACCAAAGAAUCUCGACUGCUUUUCUAUUUUGAGGUGUGUCCCAUGGAAGAUGGUCCUUGAUUUUGACCCUAUGUCCGAAGAGAAAGGCUUUUAUCGAGAGUUCACCUCACAAGAAGGAAAGGGUAGUUUGGUCAGCAUGAUAACACCUGCGGAGGUCAAGGGAAGUACCAUGGCAAACCUCAUACGACAGAUCGAUCCCAAUAAAAUCCAAUGGUUAUUUGUCAAUGGGAGAGCCAGUGACACAGCUGGCGAUGUAGAGACAUUUUCAGAUUGGGAGGCAACCUCCGUCAAAGAAAUCUCGCGAAUUUUUGGAUGCUGCUGUGACCCAGACAAAUUUGACAAGCAGAAACCCGUAAUAUGCGUUAUCCUUCCUUACAGCCAAGAAAGCAUUCCAUAUUUGGAAGUAACAUUGUGUCGACUGUUUGAGAACUUCAACGAUCAAUUUAAUCUGAAGAUUGCGUCUUUCAAGCAAGAAAAACGACUCUCUGUGUUUAUGAAGGUCAAGGUGCGCACGGUUGAUUUGAGUCCAGAGCUUGUCCAUCUGGGUUUGAAAGAAUUGCUUUGUGGACCUUCAUCACAGCGGUACCGAAUGCCUACUUCUCAGGCAAAGGUUUAUGCAGACCUUAGUGAGAGAGAUUACCUUUUUCUAAAGGAAAACCUAGACAUCCUUUACCUCGGCUGUGAAGAGCUACCAGAAACAUCAAACGACCCAUCAGGGGAAGAACAACGAUUGCAGAACUUCCUGGAUGAACACAAAAAACUAUUCAUUUCAGGCAGUGAGAUUUCGUUUGCUAGUCUUUAUGAUAAUCAUGAUGCAAAGAGGGAAAUUGAAAGGGAUAUUCAGGUCCAUGUCCAACGCCUUCUAGACAAAGGUCUAACUCGUUCCAUGAUUGUUGACAUCAAGCAUUCACCAGGCACUGGUGGCACUACUAUCGCCCGGCGCGUAAUGUGGGAUCUUCACAAAUUUUAUCCGUGUGCUUUCACGGAAAUACGCUCGCAUCUCUACUUUGAUGAAGACAGCAGUUAUGCUUGCAAAUUAGCUGAUCGCAUCGGAGCACUGGAGGAGAUCUGCCACACUUCUCCCGUCGUUCUAAUUGAUGGGAAUCAGUCAAGGCUCAUAGAAGGUCUCUCAAAUAAACUUGUGCGGAUGCUGUGCAACAGAGGAAAGCGGGCCCUUCUCUUACGCUGCCAGCACGGGUCGAAGACCUCAUCCAAAGACCCUCAAGAGCUUUCACGGGUUCACCAGGUGUUCUACGUAGAUGUCAGCCUGGAAGAAUCACCGGCCGACUUAAAUGAGUUUCAGUCAAAAUACAAGGAAUUUGUCGAGCGUUCAGUGUCAGGUCUGUGUCGCGUGUUCCACUUUCCUCUCCUUGCAAUGGUCCAAAGUUUUCGGCCAAAACUUAAGAAGAUAGUUGACGACACUUGGAACGAAAUGGAGAGUCUUCAACGUCAAAUUGCUAUCGUGGUAGCCCUUCUUCAAAAGUACGGCAACCAAGCAACCCCUGCCCUCCUCCUUUACGAUGCAUUUCAGAGAUAUAUCCGACCGGAAUGUGGGAAAAAUGUCACCUACAGCGAUAUCAAACAGUUGUUUUCUGAGCACUUAUUGAACCUGAUGGUACCUUCAAACCCUUGGCUGGGUAUGCGACGAGGAAGAAAGUAUUCCUCUAAAGAAUUACCGCCAGAAGAAUACACAUUUCAGCAUCGACUGGUUGCUGAGAUGCUGCUGAAGAAGUGUUUUCAAGAGCAAGCCGGUGACUUGUUCCAGGUGGUAAAUCAGUUUCUUCACUUUCCAAUUUUCCAGCGUGACGACUUCUUGCCACUCUUUGAAGAGCUGUUUGUCUUCAACAAAGAAGGUCAAAGGGUGCGGAAAUUCUCUGUCCUCUUUGAAGAACUCAAAGCUAUAAACCCUGAACGUGCUGCAGACGUUUUCUGUGAGGUAGCUGAGAAGACUGGUGACUCAAUAAUAUUUGCCAAUGCAGCUAGAUUUUUUGCGAAGAUGGAGCCCCCCUUAUUUGAGAAAGCUAUGGAACUCAUUGGACGUGCCUUUCAAGCGAAAAACUUCAAGCAGCGAUUCAAGAGCAUAUGCCAUAUGAAAGGGGUGGUUAUGUAUUUUGAACUGCAGCACAGGAUCAACAAUGGCAUUGUGAAAGACCUGAUAGAACUUGAAGAUUUGGCAAACAGAGUGCUUGAGGUGUACAGGGAGGCUCGUACCUUUCCUCCGACGUACCCAAAUCCCCUUAUUGGUGAGGUAGACGUUUGGCUUGCUUGUAUAAAAUGGAUCACGAAAAACAUAUGCAGGCGGGAUUCCGAGAGAACACUCAAGUUCUUAGCCAAUCAAUGUCCACCGUUCUUUCGCACCUGUGUGAGUGAUUCGUUUUACCUACUCGACAUUGUUGAUGGAAUUGUCCAAAGUGUACCAACCUUGGCAGAUCCAGCAGAAACGCAAAGGAAAUGCAGCGAUGCAAGGUUAUCUUUGAUAACCAUGCUUGGACCAAAUUAUUCACGUGGACCAACUAGUUCACGUGGACGCAUUGCAGAUGACGUUGUUCAAGUGUGUCAGGCACUUUGCAGUUCCAAGAAUUUUCCAAGAUCAUCUGCCGUAGAGCUUAAGAGACUUCAAGCUCAUUUUAUUUUGAAUUCAAGCGAUCAAAUCGUCACUUUGAAGCAAGAUCACCUCGUAUUCCUUCUUCAGCUUCUAGAGGAACUUGUAUUUAAGGAGAAUGAGCACCGAUUGGCCUACCACUUAAUGAAGGUCUGUGUGUUGGUGAAUGGUUCUAAGCGUUACAGCCUCGAGCAGGGUCUCAGUGUGACCGAAAAGUGGUUGGAGGUCUCGCAUCAUGGUUGUCUUCCCUACUUCUACCAAAUGGCUAUUUGCUUUCUAAAGAUUCUUGAUGGCCAUGCCAUGGAAUUCAUGCCAAAGUACUUGACGGCUUUGAAUAUGUGCCGAGAGAAAUCUCAGAAUCACUGUCGCAGCAGCCAGUCAACGUUAUUUGUCAGUAACGAGGGGGAAGGAAUGCCUCGCCUCCUCACUCGCAGCACCUUGUUCCGUGACGUCGAGGAAACAGACUACUCUACAACUGAUAUCUCUGAAACAGUUUCAAGGUUUUGGUCUUCCGAUAGUAGGAAGAAAUUGAUGGAAUGCAAAGGAAGGAUCCGCAUGGAGCCCUCUGGUAAUCGAGGCAAAACUUAUCCCUAUAUUGAACUGCUACAAGGAAAAGUAACCCUCUACGUGGGAAAGAAUGCAGAUAUCGGCAAGGUUGAUAGAAACUUUGAUAAGGGUCAGUUGGUCUAUUUUGUUGUCAGUUUCAACCUUCACGGACCUGUUGCUAAUGGAAUAACGUUCUCCCCAUAUGAUUCGUCACGCCAUUUGAAUAGUACAGAUCAUUGACAUCCCUUUGCGAUUGUAUAUUAAUUUGGAACAUGCUGAAUAGAGAGGACAAGCGAAGUUUGCUUCUUACUGUCGUGAGCAUAUUCUCGUUUUUCCCCCCUUUCUUCCUUAUUUCUCUACCAAAUAUAAAUCAUCCAUCGAGCUUCAACUCUUCCCCUCGAAUCAAAACCAAUUCUUCUACAUCAACGCGUUCAAGAACUAGUUGUGAUACUGAAGGUUCGUAUCUUGAUUUGCCACACUCCACCUUAACGAUGAUGAUGUUUAGUGUAUAUUGUUUUGGUAAUGACCUUCGCGAAAUUGAAUAGAGCAUGGACUGGACAUUAAAUCGAUUGUUCACCGCUUAACUCCUUGCCACUAGUAAGAAGACUUGAAAUAAGUGCACCUGCAACAGAGAUAACGUCUGAAUUAAAGGGAAUCAAAGUAUCACGCCAAAGCCGUUAAAUCUCAAUUCAAGAAACUGAUGGUAAAUCAUCGCGUGAAAACCUCGUAUUGCAAAAGCCUCAUUGAGAAGAACAAAGGCGAUUCAUCCGAGGGAAAUAGCACAUUCAAGUCUCUCCUAGCUUUCUCUAAUUCAAUCGAACGGAAUCCGAAAGACAGAUCCUUUAAUAGUCAAUUACUUUACCUUUAAAAACCCACCUUUUAUCAGUGGGAAUGAGCUAGCUUCGAAAUUUCAGCCGCUUUUCGGGCGGAGUGAGAAACGUUUCCACGAUCCCUUCUUCCGAAUAGCUCAUCAAACAGCUUCCUCCCUCAACUGAACCGGUCAAUGAUCUCUUUUUUUUAAGCAGCGACGAACUGCCUGUCAAGGUGUGUGAAGGUUUUCAAAAGACUCAUCUGUGUGUUCAGCUCUGGUAUUUGCUGACAUUUGCUUCAAUCUCUGUU